AGUUCACAGUGGCAAAACUGUAAUAAUCCGACCCGAAAAGAGUUCUUUUCCUCUGUUUGGUCUCCAUUUCACCUUCUCUCUCUCCCUCUGUUCCGGUCUUCACUCUCUUUUGCUUCUUCUCUAUUCCUAUCUUCUCUGUCAUUACAAAUAAAUUUCCACUUUUUUUUUUUUUCAAUUUUUUCCCCUUCUUUUUUACUCCUCAGCGCAUAAUUUCUUUCUGAAUAGUAUUGUUUUUUUUAGCUUCAAAGUAAAUAAAACACCAAAGUUAAACAUAACAUACCUGCUCUGUUUCUGCUUUAUACCCUCUUAAAUGCUGCUGCUCUAAUCUUGGGUUCUUUGUCCUUCGAGGGGGGUAAAAGAAAAUCCUCGAAGUUCUUGAAUUCUAAUGUUGUUUCAAAAAUUACCCAUUUCAGCUAAUUCAAGCUUUAAUGCUGGAUCUGAACAAUUUUUUUCAUACAGAUUCAUGUUCUCUUAAUUGUUGGGUCCUUUUUGGGAGCUUUAUGAGUUUUUAGCAGCUUAAAUGGAGCUUGUUUAGCUGAAAAAGGCUUACUGGGUAUGAAAGAAUUUUGCGUGCUUUCAGGUUUGUGGUAAUUGGAUUAAUUACUGGUACGUACUAGUUUGUUGAGAAAGGAACUUGGAAUUCUAAUACAGAACUGACAUUUCAAUUUUGAACUUCAAAAUCUCAGCAAUAAGCCUUGAAGAAUUGUGUUUGAGAGAGGGAGUUGGAAAUGCUAUCUCGUGAGAGGAGAAAAGUGAGGCCUCCAGGCUUAUACCCGGUGCAAAUUAACUCCUCAUGACGUUGGCUUCAGUUUUUCAUUUCAUCUUUGUCCUAAUUCCCCUUUUUCCUCUAGCCAAUGCUGACCUUAAUUCAGAUAAGCAGGCCCUUCUUAACUUCUCCGCUGCUGUACCCCAUCGUCGGUUACUCAAUUGGAACUCUACUUCCUCAGUCUGUAAUUCUUGGGUGGGUGUCACUUGCGAUUCUAAUCAUACUCGUGUCAUCAGACUCAGACUCCCUGGGGUGGGGUUUGUUGGCCAUAUCCCGGCCAAUACACUAAGUAAACUAGAUGCCCUUAGGGUCCUUAGUCUUCGAUCCAAUCUUCUGUACGGUGAUCUUCCUUCUGACAUUACCUCUCUUCCAUCACUCCACUACCUCUACCUCCAGCGCAAUAACUUUUCUGGCAAAAUUCCUACUUCUUUUUCCUCACAACUCAAUGUACUGGAUCUCUCAUUUAAUUCUUUUUCAGGCAACAUUCCUCAAACCAUAGCAAAUUUGACACAACUCACAGGUUUGAACUUACAGAACAACACCCUUUCUGGACCCAUUCCUGAUCUUAACCGCACUAGGCUUAGGCGUUUGAAUUUAAGCUUCAACCAUCUCAAUGGCUCCAUUCCAUUGUCCCUUCAAAAGUUCCCCAGUUCAUCCUUCAUUGGAAACUCUCUAUUAUGUGGACUGCCUCUUAAUCCUUGCUCCCCUGUUGUGCCUCCACGUUCCCCUUCUCCUGCUUCCUCUCCCCCACCAGCAACCCCUCAUAAGCGAGGCUCGAAAACAAAACUGGCAAUGGGAGCCAUAAUUGCCAUUGCUGUAGGAGGGUUUGCAAUACUGUUUCUUCUCGUUUUAAUCAUUUUGUGCUGCUGUUUGAAGAAAAAGGAUAACGGUGGUAGUAGUGUAUUGAAAGGGAAGGCUGUUAGUGGUGGGAGGGGCGAGAAGCCCAAGGAGGAGUUUGGGAGUGGAGUGCAAGAACCUGAGAAGAACAAGCUGGUGUUCUUUGAAGGUUGCUCGUACAAUUUUGACCUUGAGGAUUUAUUAAGGGCUUCUGCUGAAGUAUUAGGAAAGGGUAGUUAUGGUACUGCUUAUAAGGCUGUAUUGGAGGAAUCAACAACAGUUGUAGUGAAGAGGUUGAAGGAAGUAUUGGUGGGGAAGAGAGAUUUUGAACAGCAGAUGGAGAUUGUGGGGAGGGUUGGGCAGCACCAAAAUGUUGUUCCACUCCGCGCUUAUUAUUACUCAAAGGAUGAGAAGCUUCUAGUUUAUGACUAUAUCCAAGGUGGCAGCUUAUCUGCACUUUUGCAUGGAAAUAGGCAAGCAGGUAGAACUCCACUAGACUGGGAUACUAGAGUAAAGAUUGCUCUCGGAACUGCGAAGGGAAUUGCUCACCUCCAUUCUGCAGGUGGUCCGAAAUUUACUCAUGGAAACAUAAAGUCCUCAAAUGUCCUCCUCAACCAAGAACAUGAUGGUUGCAUCUCUGAUUUUGGCCUGACCCCUCUUAUGAAUGUUCCUGCAACUCCAUCUCGGAGUGCAGGUUAUCGUGCGCCUGAAGUUAUUGAAACCCGUAAACACACUCAUAAAUCAGACGUUUACAGCUUUGGGGUGCUCCUGCUUGAGAUGCUGACAGGAAAAGCUCCACUCCAAUCACCAGCACGUGACGACAUGGUCGAUCUCCCUCGCUGGGUGCAGUCGGUUGUAAGGGAAGAGUGGACAGCUGAGGUUUUUGAUGUUGAGCUGAUGAGAUACCAAAAUAUUGAAGAAGAAAUGGUGCAAAUGUUACAAAUUGGGAUGGCUUGUGUAGCAAAGGUGCCGGACAUGCGACCAAACAUGGAUGAAGUUGUCAGAAUGAUUGAAGAAAUUCGGCAAUCCGACUCAGAGAACCGGCCAUCUUCUGAGGAGAAUAAAUCUAAGGACUCAAAUUUGCAGACUCCAUGAUCGACUAAAAGUUGCUCUUUCAUUUCAAGAUCAAGAUUGAACAUUUCCAAUGAACAUGUCUUGUAAGGUUUCCCAAAGCAUUCUUCGAAGUCUUAUGUGCAUGUGCAGCUUCAUAUAGUGUGAAUUUGUCCAAAAAAAAUUUUCAGCUUUGUUUUAGCUUUCAUUUUUUAAAAAAUUUCAAUUAGGUGGGUUUCUCUUGAUUUGUUGUAAUAUUUAAUUCAACAUUCUGAAUGAAUUGAUGACCUUUGAAUCAAUAAUUUUUCAAAUGUUCCUUCAUA